AUGAUUUUGUACCUGUCUACCUUUUCAAACGUAUAUACACUCAGACCAACACACUCACUAACUUCAUUGAAAAUGAUCUAUCCAACAAGCCUCGUCGCUCUUUUAGCCAGCACGGCUUUCGUGUCUGCAGCUCCAGGCUCCUCCCUAGAGGCUCUCGAAAAGCGUGUUGCUUGCACAUUCACCACCGCCGCCGCCGCUAUAGCCGGAAAGGCUGGUUGCACUACUAUCACCUUGAACAAUAUUCAAGUUCCAGGUGGCACCACUCUUGACUUGACUGGCCUUCAAACCGGUACACAAGUCAUCUUCCAAGGAACCACCGGCUUCGACCAUUUCAAGUGGGCUGGUCCUCUUCUCUCCAUCUCCGGGAAAGAUAUUAAAGUCACCGGAGCGGCAGGACACGUGAUUAACGGAAACGGUACAUUGUAUUGGGACGGACUUGGCUCUAAUGUCAAGCCCGUGGACAAGCCUAAGUUCUUAUUUGCUCACUCAUUGACUGGAUCUUCCAGUAUCACUGGUCUAAAAUUCCUCAAUGCGCCUGUUCAGUGUAUUUCAAUUGAUUCAUCUGUUGGAUUGUCACUUGUUGAUAUUACCAUUGAUAACUCUGCUGGAGACAAGGGUAGUCUUGGUCACAAUACCGAUGGUUUUGACGUCGAUUCCAGUCAAAACAUUUAUAUCUCCGGAGCAAUCGUCAAAAACCAAGAUGACUGUAUUGCCAUUAACUCUGGUAGUAACAUCACUUUCACCGGUGGAAACUGCUCUGGUGGACAUGGUCUCUCCGUCGGUUCUGUCGGUGGACGAAGUGGUACUGGAGCCAACGACGUCAGCGACGUGAAAUUUCUCUCUUCCACCGUUACAAAUUCCCAAAAUGGUGUUCGAAUUAAGACUGUCAGCGGUGCCACGGGUACGGUCAAAGAUGUCACUUUCCAGGAUAUCACCCUCGUCGGCAUCACCGGGGUUGGUAUCGAUGUUCAACAGGAUUAUCAAAAUGGCAAGCCAACUGGUACACCCACCAAUGGAGUUCCAAUUACUGGAUUGACUGUGAACAAUGUUCAUGGUACCGUUUCUGGUGGCCAGGAUGUUUACAUUCUUUGCGCAAAUUGCUCAGGUUGGACUUGGAAUAAGGUUGCUAUCACAGGUGGAACGGAGCUAAAGAAGUGUGCGGGUGUUCCUACGGGAGCUUCUUGCUAA